GAGCUAUUCACUAUUAAAGGACAAGAGGUUCGACCUAAGACUAGUGUUAAGAUUCUUAGGGUAAUUAUAGACACGAAACUCAAGUAUAAGGAACACAUUACAAGAGCCGCCUCUAAGGGGUUAGAAGCGGCAAUAGAACUAAAACGACUUAGAGGCUUG